AGGGUGUGAGUGCGUCCUCUCUUCUCUCUCGUCUCCUCCUCUCUUUUACUCUUCUCUCCCCAGCUCCUUCCCUCUCCUAGCCUAUCUGACAACAAGUGGAUAAGAAGCAACAUGGUGAACAAUGAAUACGAGAAUUUAGCUUUAACCAGUCCCAGAUGUCACAGCAGAUAUAGGAAAGGAGACAAGGCGUGGGCCCUUUAAGCAGAACGAUGUGACGUCAUCGGGUCAGGGGUUUACAGCUAUGGCGUCGGGAAAUGGACUUGCUUCUCUGGGCAUGGAGGGAGCUACAGCAGCUGCACAGGCUCUGUCUCUACCAGCUGAGGCUUAUGGGAACGAUCCUCAACUGGAAGUGAUGUGGGCGAUGAAGGCUUACAAUCACGCAGAGAUCUACUUCAAUCUGAUCUCGUCGGUAGACCCCAGUAAUCUGAAGUUGACCAAGGUGGAUGACCGGAUCUAUGCAUCCUUCAAAGAAUCCUUCUCAGAUCUCAACAUUAAGAACUUGGACCCAGACAUGCUCAAGACGGCAGAGGCCAAAGAGAAGUGGCGUCCAUUCUGUAACCAGUUUGACGGAGUGGUGGAGGACUUUAACUAUGGGACUCUGCUACGACUUGACUGUGUGAAGGACUACACAGAGGAAAACACCAUAUUUGCCACCAGGAUCCAGUUCUUUGCCAUCGAGAUCGCUAGGAACAGAGAAGGAUUCAACACCCCUGUUUUCCAGGCUAAAAAGCAGCCUUCGUAAACCCAUACCCUAUAACCCAACCUGCUAUUACCUCUAACCCAGUAACAGAGAAAGUUGUCAGCCCUGUGUACCAGGUAAACACCCUUUAUAACCCCUACCACCACCACCACCUCUAACACAGAGAAAGUUGUCAGCCCUGUGUAUCAGGUAAACACCCUUUAUAAACCCUACCACCACCACCUCUAACACAGAGAAAGUUUCAACAGCCCUGGUUACUAGUGUAAACAUACCCAAUACUUGACACACCACCAUCUCCUUACAAACUUUUCCUGUGGUUACCCACCUUGUUGACAACAUAGGUGGUCUACUGGAAACUUGACCAGGGGCGCGUUCAGCAGGGAUAUAUUCUUUACGUCUUGCAACAGAAAACAUUUAAGAACCAAAACUAAACCUGGAGGGAGCUACCUGAAUUUUUACAAUAGAAACUCGUUUUCUGUUUGGAAUAAAUGGUUUGUUGCAGAACGUUUUGCAACAAUCUGUGUAAUACA